AUGGCAUUAUAUAAACUUUAUAGUUACAAUGUCGAAAUUCAGUAUAAAAAUAAUCUGCUCUCAAAAGCAGCAUUAUUUACUGCAUUAACAGCACUAAUAAACGUUAUAUUACCAUUUAUUAUUGCUUACAAAAGUAAAGGCUUCUGGUUGCAAUCAUAUUAUUUUUAUGAGCAACCUUCGGUACAGUCAAGUUAUGAAUAUUUACUUAUAGCUGAAACUGAUGAUCCAAGUAUUACUGUUAUAUGUGGACGAACUGCUGCUUUAAAUUACGACAUAGAGAAUGAAGAAUUUUGUGCUGUUACUGAAGUAAGAGAAGAAGACAUCAAUGUAGAUGGCAAAAAUGAUAUUUUGGAAUUCAAUAUAAAACUUAUUAUACCUAGCGAUAGAACCUUGGUUUCAGUUAUUUUAAUAUUAGGUGUUGAUGUCCAAAUAUUGAAUACAUGUCCUUUACAAAUGCAAAGUCUUGCAAUCAUUAACAAGGAGUUCAGUGUUCCACCAAAUGGCUUAAAAUAUUAUGGUGAUCUCCUUAUAUAUCAAAGUACACAUCUACCCUGCUUGAAAAAUAUAUUAGAUACAAAAUAUAAUGACUCACUUUUUUAUCAUAUAAAUAAUGAUAAUAAAAAUGUAGUUGAUUUUAUACUAGAAGAGUACCUAAGGAGAGAAGUAAUCUCAACUGUAAAUCUCAUUUAUUUUAAAACUCAAAAUGGUGACAUGGGAACUAUGGACUUGAAUGUUAUUUUAAGGAUACCAGAAAUGCAAAUACGAUAUACACCAAGUCUUUUACAAGAAUUGAAAUGGGCAUGGCCCCAAUACUUAUCGUUAGCAUUCAUUUUUUAUCAUUUAAUUGAAAAAAUUAAGAAACUUGUAUUUAGGCAAAGGUUAUUUAUGUCUUGGGAAAUAGUGCCUUGGAAAAAAAAUAUG